GAGACCCCGGUUCCUGCAAAGCACGCGAGCUCUCAUUCACAGCAGUUGCUCCUCGACCCUCGCAGGAAUAACACGCGCGUACGGUAGUCGAAAUACACGCGCCGCACGAACACCUGUCAUGAUUCAGUAUCACUCGCUGUAGUCUUCAACGACUCUUGAGCUCAUAUCAGACUCUGAUUGGCCGAAGCGGCAGUGUUUUCACUCGCUUGCCGGUUAAUCGGGAUUCUGUCAACAAACUCCUGUUACCUGCAGGACAGGACAAGCGUUUGCUUAGCAGGAGUAAGUGACUUGAUGUGAUUACUCGGCGCGCGGAAAGUGCUUCUGCCCUGGCGUGUUUUGUUUAUUGCUAAUUGGGGUAAUUGUUGCGUGCUACUGCAGCUCGUCAAGCUCGGAGCAAACGCUCCCGAUUUUGUCCCAGCAUUGGAAAUAAUGAAAAGCCAGUUAUUGUAGACACCGAUACGGCGCUUUUUCUGUCCAUUAGAACCGCGAGUGUUCCGAAACAACAUCGGCGCUCUUCAUUAAUAUUAAUCAAACCUUCACCGAUAAAGUUUGGCGAACAGGGUCCUGCGCGGCGUGCGUCCUGCCUCCUUAACUUUUGUGUGCAAAAGGCAGCAUGUUCUCGCGACCGAUGAAGAAAUAUUGUGGUGUUUGAACUUGAGAAACUGAAAUAGUAGUGAUAAGGAACAGCGACUUCCCAAGUUGAACGGUGUACGGUGUGAAGUGAAUACUUAUUCUUUAUCGAUCAAACUAUGCAGCACCACCCUGGGUCCUGGUACCUGCCCUGGGGAGUUCCCCUUCAGAAGAUGGUGGCUGUUCCUAUACAUCCAGCUGGGCCGCUACACUUACAGCCUCCUGCCAUGCACGUGCAACCCAUGCUGACUGGUCUCCCCGCACCUCUCGCAACCCUCAGGACCUUCGUCACCCAGCCCGCUAUGAGGCAACCUCAAAGAAAGAUAUGCGGAGGUGAAAAGGACAAGGGCAAAUUGACAGGAACAGAAAAGCGAAAAGCGGACGACGGAGAGCCCAACAAAGAUCUUAAAAAGGCGAAACUGGAAACCAAAGCUCUGAAAGCCAAACGACCAGGCUUCACGGAUGAUCGCUACAACGAAACAUCUUACUACAUCGAAAAUGGGCUGCGGAAGGUCUAUCCAUAUUAUUUCACCUUCACAACUUUUACUAAAGGACGAUGGGUAGGCGAAAGGAUUUUGGACGUGUUUGCCAGAGAAUUCCGAGCACAUCCAGCCGAAGAAUACGAAAGAUGUAUUCAAGCAGGAACCCUUACUGUUAAUUAUGAUAAAGUUCCAACUGACUAUAAACUAAAACAUAACGAUCUUCUAGCCAACGUAGUUCAUAGACAUGAAGUGCCCGUCACUAGCCAACCCAUCACCAUUGUACACAUGGAUGAGGACAUUGUGGUGGUCAACAAACCUGCCUCUAUCCCUGUUCACCCAUGCGGAAGAUACCGACACAACACCGUAGUUUUUAUACUUGCCAAAGAAUACAACUUGAAGAAUUUAAGGACAAUACAUAGGCUGGAUAGGUUAACGAGCGGCCUGCUACUGUUUGGCAGGUCUCCGAAGAAGGCCAGACAAAUGGAACACCAAAUCAGGAACAGACUUGUGCAGAAAGAAUACGUCUGUAGAGUGGAAGGGGAAUUUCCAGAUGAAAUAAUAGAAUGUAAAGAACCCAUCGAAGUUGUUAGUUACAAAAUAGGAGUUUGCAAGGUUUCUCCUAAAGGGAAAGAUUGUAACACUAUCUUCCAAAAAUUAGGUUAUAAUGGAAAAACUAGUAUUGUGUUAUGCAAACCGAAAACGGGACGCAUGCAUCAAAUCAGGGUACAUUUACAGUACUUAGGAUAUCCCGUGGUCAACGACCCACUAUACAACCACGAAGUCUUUGGGCCUAUGAAAGGAAAAGGCGGAGAUUUAGGAGGAAAAUCUGACGAAGAACUAGUACGUGACCUGAUACACAUCCAUAAUGCUGAAAACUGGUUAGGGAUGGAUGGAGACAGCGAAUUAUCCAUGUUUAAUCCUAGGAAGGCAGAUCUGGAUGAUUCCCUGGUCGGACCUCUUGUGCCUAAAGAUCGAGUAUUAGGAGACGACGACGCUGAUCCUGUGUCAAGAGAACCAUCGCCGUGCGAUGAAUCUUGUGACAACAAUUCUUCGAUUCCUUGCGAGUCGUCACCGCAUCCAUUAGCUUUAUCGUCACUCACCACUAGUAGAAAUGUAGAUGCUAAAGUAACAGUUGCUACUCAAACAGGUCACGAAGCUCCGGACUUUAGCUUUAAUCCUGAUAAAAUGACGGUCGAUAAGCACUGUUACGAGUGUAAGGUCCGGUAUCGGGAUCCCAAACCUCAAGAUUUAGUUAUGUAUUUACACGCUUGGAAAUACAGGGGUCCGGGAUGGGAAUUCGAGACAGAACUUCCAGAUUGGGCAAGAGUAGACUGGGUAGAUCCAGACAUAUCUGAGUGAUGAUUGUAACAAAACUUAUUUCCCUAAUAUAAGGCAUCUCUUAUCCACUCUGUCUUUCCAUGCUAUUAGAUUAUUGUGGUAGGGUAAAACAGCCCAAGCAAAAGGCAGGGUCCAAAAAACAAUCAUUUCUUUAGAUUUGCGUUACAUUUUAUAAUAGGUUUAAAAAAACUGAAGCGAUUGAAGGGUAACGUUGGUUAUGUUCAUAGAUUUUUAGACGAAAUAUGUUGCGUUAAAAUUUAAAUUUCUUCAUGUAAAUCGUAGGUAUUUCAGUGCUCUCUCGAACAUUUUUAAGGUUGGCCUCUAGUAUUCAAAUGUAUAAUGAAAUUCGCAAUCAAGUAUUUUUAUAUAAUAAUAUCGUAUCUAAAAAUGAAGAGUCAUCUUGAAAUCUUUAUAAUUAUUGUAGUCGUUACAAUAAGUGCCAUAAUUGAUAUCUGCUGGGUGUUGCAAAGGCAGAUUUUUUAUUUCGUCUCAUCAAUAAAAAGUACUGGAAUACAUAUUGUGCCUUGAACGUGUGUUGUGAAAUCAUUUGCAGAUUUUCUGUCAAAAUAUCCCGACUCCCAUAUCAGCUUCGGACCCUUGCUUAGUCAAAUUUUAACUUAUUGUUAUUAGUAUUGUUAUGAUUAUAAUUUAAGCACUGACAAGGAUUGUUACAAAUUUAUAGGAUUGUAGGCUGUAGUAAGUCCCAUUUGUCAUUUCUUUAUGUUAUUGAUCAUAAAUAAUUUAAUCAUUUCUUAUUAAUGUUAGAAAUCGUCAGUUAUAACACUGCUAAGCAACCAACCGUGCUUAGUUUAUGACAGAUCUUCAUAUGUUUUUUUUUUAAGUAAAGUUGACAAUAUCCCAUUAAAUAUAGCGUUUUUAAUUUGUUCUGUAUUUUUGUAUUUCUGUGAAAUACUGUAACAACUCAUUCAUUCCUAUACAACUAUAGGAUGUUCAAAUAAUUGAUUCCAACCUAAAUCUUUAACAUUAAUUGGGUCAGUGCUUUCAAAUUAAAUUAUUUAAAUAAAGACAUUAUACGAACAUUCAUUGUGUACAGAUUAAGUCUGUAGCAUAAAAUUAUUUGUAAGUAAGUUUAUUUGUGAACAGCUAGUUUUUCUAAAAAUAUAUUAAGAAACGAUUAUACUUCCUCGAAUUGAUUGUAAUUUCUUCGGAUUUGCAAGAAAUACGUGAAAUAUUUUUCUAUAAUUUAUAAAAGUAUCCAUCAAAAGUUAAUAUAUUUUUUGCAAAAACUAACUGCAUUGUAAUUAAUCUUUGUGAUGUUACGACAAUUAUAGGGACCUAUUCUACAAUAGUAUAUAAGUUUUUAUUAUCGUCACUAGGGUAUAUGACAUUUUAAACAAGAAGAAAAACGAGAUCAUCGUGCGCUUGCGAUAUGUACUCAAGAUUUUGAUUACGCUUUGAAAAUAUUGCUGAAAAUCGAAAUAUUUUAGUCUUUUAGGUGUAACAGAAAAAUCUUGUAGCAAUUUAUGCAGUCAGUGAAUGUGUAUUUAUGUUACAUAAUUUGAUUCCUUAAGUUGGAUAUGAGUUAAAUUGAUGGGAUUAAAUUAUGCGCAUGUCUAUUAGCCAAAACAAUAUGAAAAACAUUUCAAAAUUAUACAAUCUCAAAAUGAGCUUAAUAACUUAUUCAGUAUGUAUAGCUUUUAUAAUUUUUUAAAAGAACAAUAAAAUUAAAAACGAAAAUGAUUAUGUGCAAGCUUUGCGCUUCCAUUUAUAUAAUUAAGUACCUAAUAGAUUCUAGUUUAAAGGCGAAACAUCAAAAUAUGCAAACUUUAAAGAAUAAAGACCUAUUUUAUAAUGAAUACAAGCAGCGCUUAUAAUUAUUAUUGUCUCGUGGUGUGUUUAUUAUGUUUUAUUGAAAUAUUCGCACUUUACGUUAAUUAUUAUUAUAAAAGACAGUAUUGUGUUAUACAUUGUUAUAGUUUUUCUUUUUUGUUAUAGUUACCAUUCACAACAUUUUCCAUCAUGAUUGUAAUUAUGUUUUAUAGUAGUAUUUUUAUUGUGAAUGGAACGUUUUACAUUUACAAUAUAGACAUUGUAGCUAUAUGCUACAUUAUUGUUUAUUUGUUUUUAUAUUUCAUAGCUUGUAAUCUGUGAUGAUUAUUGUUUAUACAGCUAUGACAGGUUAUUUUUAAACGUAAAAAUUCUGCUGUGUUCAAAUAUUCGGUUCUUACAGCUUAUUUGAUAGUUUCACAUUGCAAGGGUGCAAAAACUAUAAUUUGAACCGAAUAUCCGUACUCGGCUACUGUAAGUUAUUGUAGGACAGUGUGUAAUAAAAUUCAUUUAAAACUGA